GCGUGGUCAUCUUAUAAAUAGUAAUUAUGCGGGAAAGAAAUUCUGGCCAAUCAGAAUUGUAUAUGGUUGGUAUGCUAAUUAGCAAUUGACAGCUGCAGAAGAAUCCCAUGCAGUCCAGGCGUAGCAGAGCAGAGAUGGAGAAUGGAGUUGGAGUUUUGGGAAGCUGCGGUUCAAACUGCGGUUUUUGAGCAUGGUUAACCGGAUAGAAUGGUAACACAAGUCUCGGGACAAUAGGAGCGUGUAUGUAGAGUACAGCGGUGGAGUUUUAUUCAGUUGUUCCAGGGGGUUUAUUUAUAUAUAUAAAAAAAAGCGGUUUUAUGAUGCACCGAGCUUUUUCUUUUGCGAUGGCGGCAGAACGGAGCCGGUAUAAGGAGAGACUGGAGGCGACUCUGGCCGGUUUGUGUGAGCUGGAGAUGCUGAAGCAACGGCAGGAGAGUCUCGUCCUCAGCGCGCUCAGUCUUGGAGACUCCGUCCCAGGCUGUGUGCGCGCACCGUGGCCACUCAUUCGGCAUUGCUUCCCUAAUUCUGCAAACCUGGAGCAGGAACCACAAGCAGAACAGCAGGGUUCAAUGGCAGUUCUUCAGCAGCAGGUAGGAGAACUGAGAGUGGAUACAGAGAACAGCUCACUGGAGCACCCCACAGACACAGGAGAUACCGGACCAAGUUCAGGUUUCUGUGAGCAGAGAGAGAGUCAGUCUCCUCUGGACUCCGGUGACCUCUCCUCCAGGACCUCAUUCCCCAUCCAGUCAACUAGUUCCAGUGAAAGACUUAAGUCUGUGGAUACGUUUGUGACCAGCCGUGAUGGACUGCAGGACUGUGGAGGCUCUACAGGACGGUCUCCGGUUCCACGCUCGCUCUCAGGCCCCCAGCCACCUCUAAUGGGUCUAUCAAAGAGAGGUGGGGAGGUGGAGCACUGGCUAUGGCCUGAAAGUAAUGAAGCAGGAGAUGAAGUUGAUUCCACUGCAGAGGACUACCAUCAGGCUCAGAAUGUGGAGACCUACAUAGUGGGUCUGAUCCAGCGACGUCUUCUGGCCACAAAGCAGUGCAAACCUCGUACCAACAUGAGUCCUGAGGCCAGAGGAGUGAUGAGGCAAAGUAGUCUUUGCUGCAAGGAGCCUGUCUUCAUUCCUGAUCACUGCAAGGUCUCUUCAAGCCCCGAGAGACCAAAAUGGUGUACAUAUAACCUUGAAGAGGAGCGGCUUAGGGGCUUUUCCCCUGGAGAGCAGCUCCCUUCUCACUAUCCAAGGCUUGAGGAGCAGAUCCCUGCUCAUUUCUCAAGACCCGAGGAGCAGCACCCUAGCCAUUAUCCCAGGCCUGAGGACAAGCUGUCUACACAAUAUUCCAGGGCUGCACUGCCAGGAAUUCACUCCACAUCUCUGGAUUUCACCUCUGGAGAUUUAGACCCAAGCAGUAGUGAAGCAGACUCACCACAUCAUUACCAGCUCCCACACUCACCGUCUUCAGAGGAGCAGUUAGUCAAUGCACAAUACAUCCCAGCACAGCCAUGCCAGGCACCAAUGAGAGCCAAAACAUCUCGUGCUCAUGCAGCCCCAAAAGCCAGCCGUGGUGGUGACACUUACUCCCCUGAAAGACCACAGCCCAAGCCACGGGCCAUGCCAAAGAAGUGCCGUUUUAGUGAAGAAAAGACAACAACUAAGAAACCUGGACGAAAAGCCUGUCGCUCACAGUCAGAGAAUAGCCUUUUGGGACAGAAGGGUGUCCCUGAACGAAAAUACAGUACAGUGGAGCGAGACACUGGCCGCACUAACCAGUCCAAAUCGCGACGCCAGCAGGCCAGCCUUGGGCACCGCCGCUGGCGUUCUACACUAGAGCUCAGCCAGGAUGAAGCCGAGCCCACACCAGAGCGAGAGGUUAGACGCACCCGCAGAUCUAGACCUACAGCGUCUGCACCAACCUACGUCUACAAUCAGACUCCUCAGCACCUUCAUUCACAUCAUCCACACCACUUUCCUCAUCCUCAACUUCACUCAGACUACCCACUGCAAACCUCAGUGUGCCGUCCAGAGGGGGGCUACAAGCACUCAGGCCCUGGAGAGUGGGAGUCCAGUCUGAGUGAAGGGGAGUCCCCUGGCUCCAGUUCAAUGUCUAGUGACUCUGACGAGAGUGGAGGGCUGGUGUGGCCUCAGCAACUUGCACCACCAUUGGCUCCUCCUUCACCCCCCACACCUUCUGGGGCACCCCUGCAAUCCAAAGCCUUGGUAAAGAUUAAAGCCUCACAUGCUCUCAAGAAGAAGAUCCUUCGUUUCAGAACUGGUUCUCUCAAAGUCAUGACCACUGUUUGAGCUACCGGUUUAAGCAUCUGUGGAGGUCUUUUCUCAUCACUGUCUUGGGAUACAAUGCAGAAAGUUUUAAGUUCAAGCUACCUGCGUCAGAUUAUGGUGAAUCUAAACCUAAAACCACCAUGUAUAUAAUUGUGUAUGUGAUAAAAAUGCUUGUAUUUAUGAUUGUACUCUGUAAAUAAAAAACUGCCAAUGGUUUAAACACCUGCAUGCAACAAAACAA